AACUCCUCUUUCCGCUCGCUUCCUCCAAUUCCUCGCGAGCGGGCACCUCUCGCUUCCUCUCGUUCGUCGACGUGUUUCGGCGCGCGCCGCGAUUGUUCUAUACAACGUCGAACGGAAUCCGCGAGGAACCGCGAUUGAAAGUAUUCUGCAAACUCGAUUAGGUUUUGCGACGCCAACGAUUCGUUCAGAGCGACUCGUAUCGAUUCGAGAUGCAAAGAUAUCUCGCAGAAUCUUGAGAAGAAUCGUGGCGUCGACUGCGACGGCGGUGCUCGGUAGAGGAGCGGCACUCGAAAGAGGGUGGUAGACGCCGCUCCGGGAAAGGGUGACACGGGUUCGGAAGGAAGGAAGACAAGGGUACGCGCACGCGUGCGCGUGAAUGCGCACGAGCGGCGGUGGCGCGGCGUUAACCGGGGCCGGAAUCGCGAGUCGAAGAGGAUUCGCGCCGGAGCGGGUUGAUGUGCACGAUUUUCGUCGAAUCAUCGACUGACCGGUGGAUUUAAUCCUACCUUCGUACGAAUCGAAUCGGAACGAGAGUCCGACGACUCGUCGCCGAGAUCGAUGAGCUACCCCUUCUUCGCGGAGUAGCCCCGUUCGAUCCGCACCAUCGACGCGCUUCUCGUUCGAUUGGACAUUGGACGAAGGUCGGCUCUGUUCGAACGAUCGAUCGCCUCCACGGCUUCGAUAUAUCGGGGGUGAGAAACAGGGGCGGCACGCGUUCGGGAAGACCCCGGGAAGAGAGGACAUCUUGGAGACUGGCCCCCGGCAUUUCCCACUCCUCUCCUCGGAUACGGGGACGCGGAUGCGCGUUUCGAUCGUCGAAAUUGCGUCGAACUGGCCGAGACGCUCCGCAACAAUCCGCUUCGGCACACGUGGAGGAAUCGAUUUGCUGGCCGAACAGUGCAGCAAAGAUUCCCCGUUUCGAUUGCCUAUUGAUCUCGGGAUUCGGUUCGCGUCACGGGCCGGAGGCUGGCUUCACGGUACACGAAACACUGUUAUCUUGUGACCGAGGACAUCGCGUCGAGCGCUGUGAUUUUAAACGAUCGAACAUUGGACUUUACAAAGUUUCGUUGAACAUUCCGAGCUAGUGAAGAGGAACGCGAUUUCAAAACGUUGGAGAAUAUUGUGAAAACUCGUCAGAAUGGCAACGAGCUUGUUCAAGGGAAGAAUGUUUACCUGUUAUUUUGAAAAAUGCUGUCUACAAUUUUAAUGGAUCUGACGAUCGUUUUAAUGACUCGAUGAACAUUGUCAAUUGACAUUUUAAACAAUCGGAAGACAGCGUGAAGAUUACACGGGAUGACAAACAACGUUAUACCCGAGAUUUUGAAAAACUCGAUGAACAUUACGAUGAUACUAUCGGCGAGAGGAGAGAUUGGUAAAAAUUAGGAUAAGAAGGAAGAGGAGAAGGCAUCGUCGAGAAGGAUCUUAGUGGACACUCGAUAAUCGGAUCGAGUCGCGUAUUGCUAGGACGACGCGGCGAUAAACGUGUCGCGUCGACGAGGAAUAUAUGUAGGUGUUGCGGCGGGCAGUCGAUGUUUAUGCUCGAAGUAUCGGCGCAUCGAGCAACGUUGGUCACGAGGUAUCGGAAAAUCGAUAGAAAGCUGACUGACGCCAGUAGAGCCGCGGUGGAGGAGGCGGCGGUGGUGGUGGUGGCGGCGCGCACGUAGUGGUCCCUCGAAUAUGCCGACUUAGACUCACCGGGGGUGGCUCCAGUCGCUUCUCUCGACCGGAGAAUAGUACGUGCGGCUCAAGUUCAACUGUCUUCGAGCUCGAUCCAUUCUCGAGAGACAAUCGCCGAUGGAAACUCGAAAACGAACGCGACCAGUUUCACUCGCGUGACGGAAACAAAUGAGACGCGCUUAGGGAGAGAGAGAGAUAGAUAGAGGAGACGCCGGUUACGCGGUUGUGUUCAGCUGUUAGCCUCUGCGAGUGUCCCGCUCUCGUGAGUAAAGGGGUUAGCUUUUUCACGUGGUGUCACGCCUCGGAAGGAAGAGAUCGCGCAGGUACGAGUAGUGGUGGUCAUACGGUGGUGGUGGUUGAAACUGGCCGGUUCGCUGGUGGCGCGUCGAAGGAGACGGAAAGAGAGAGGUACAUACACGCGAGCGUGUAAGUGCGUGCACGAGAAUCGCACCUGGACCCGUACCGAACCGUAGCACGCGUCCGUUUGCGUAAACCGUAAAACGAACUCACGAAAGAACGCGCGUACGAGGGAAGGGAGGCGGAAAGAGAGAAAGCGCGCCCGAGAAGCACGCUGCUCUAAAAGCGUGUAGGGUGGACCAGGUGGUGAAACGGUGAUACCGGUGGUGGUAGUUGUUGAUGGUGGUGGUGGUGGCCGACGACAGUGGUGGUGGUGUCGCUACACAGGGAAAGAGAGAGAGAGAGGGAGAGAGAGAGAGAGAGAGGAUCCACGAGUUUCGAGUCAAGAGAGGAAAGGGGGCGGAGUGAACGUAACGGAAGGGUCCUUUGGACGGCUCGGGGUACCGAGAGGGUGCGACGGAGAGAGAGAUAGAGAGGAACGGAUAAGAGAGUAGAGAGAGAGACGUAUCUCCCCCCUUCUUCUCUCCGACCGUCGUUGUUCUCUCUUCUGCUCUCCGACGUGUGUGUAUAUCACGUGUGCGCGGUCUUUUUCUCGCUCGGGUCACUACACGUUUCUUGUCCCUAUCGCUCGGGCGACGAACACGAACACACGCGAUCACACACACACACACCGACUAAACUCGUCGACUACUCAACUCGUCGUCGUAUUCACUUGAGCGAGGUGCGUGCGUCCUCUCACUCGCUCCGCGUAUGUCAUGGGCGCACGGUGGUCGCCGCCGCUCUGCUACCGGAUCUCUAUGCCGAUCCGACAACGUGCCGGACGCGCGUCUGACUUGUCUGAAAGGUGCGAUCGGGAAACAGCGACAGCGACAGCAGUAGCAGCGUUUCGCGGGAAAUCGUUCACGCGCGGGAUCGGAAUACGCUUUGUCGUUCCUCGCCGGGUCGGAACAAGCCCGACGGUGCUCGCCUCGGGGUGGUUGCCGGCCACGAACGACUGGUGCUCCUCGUCGCCAGGCUCGUUACCGUACUGCUCGCGAUCCGCUACGUUCCGUUCUUCGACGCGACGCGUCAACGCGGCUCGCGACUGGUCUCAGUGACACAACCCUCGUAGACAGAGUACAGAGCCGGCAGAGAAGAGAGAAGGGAGAGAGGAAAGAGCGGUGGUGCGAUAAACCGAGAGAAUCGUGUUACGAUCGGUGCGCGCCGGGUGUACAUCGAUAGGAUAUUGUGCGUUCGUCGGACGGUUGUGAGGUGCGAUACGGUGGUUGAACGGAGUUUUAUUAACUUGACCGAUAACGGGGAUAUCGGGGCGAGCGCGACCACACGGUAUGUGAACGUGUUCGACGUUCGAGAAACGAAUCGUCUCGUUGGCGCGCGACGACAGUGAUCGUGGACGAGAUAUCUCGCGAACUAGGAUAACCGCGAUACGUGUGGCACGCGGCGUGCCCGAGCACGGGAGAGCGAGUGCGCGGCCACCCGAACUAGAUGUGCGUAAAUGGAAGGUAUAGGGGACAUAGCCGAUCAUCAAUCGCAUAGCGAGCAAUUAUUGGACUCGGUCGAUUCCCCGGCGGCGGUGUCUACGCAUGGCCGGGGAACCGGUGGGGGUGGCUCGAAUGGGAACUGUGCAGGUGGAGGGAACGGUGGUGGAGGAGGUAACGCCGUUGUUCGAGGGACGGUGCUCGGUGGGGGUAGACAUCAUCAUCACCACCACCACCAUCAUCACCACCAUCAGCAACAUCAUCAACAACAGCAGCAGCAACAGCAACAAGCGAGCCAUCAUCCGCAUCACCAUCAUCAUCAUCAUCAUCAACAGCAACACCUGCACCAGGAAGAAUCGUGCGCCGACGGAGAAGAAGGCGGCGGUGGUGGUAGACUCAUUAUCAGCAGCGGUGGUGGUGGCAACGGGAACGGUGGAGGUGGAAGCGCGGAGGGUAUGUCCUCGUCGGCGUCGCAAAGCCCGGACAUCGCGUGCGCGAGCUUGCCGCUGGAACUACUCGCGGCCGGCGCGCUCAGCGUCAAGGAGGAGCGAGAGCUCGCCGCCGCGGAAGAUCUCUCGUUGUCUCAGGAUCAUCCCGGCGGAGCAGGCAGCAACAGCAGUAGCAACAGUAACAGUAACAACGGUGUCGGCGUCGUCGUCGUCGGCGGUGGCGGUGGCGUUGGCGGCGGAAGUGGCGGCGUUAACAUCAUCGUCGGUGGCAGCGGGGGUGCCGUCGGUGGCGCCGGUGGUAGCAGCGGUGGCAGCAGCAGCGGUAGCAGCACGAGUAGCACUAGCAGCAGCAGCAGUGGCGGCUGCGGCGGAGGUGCCGUCGGUGGCGCCGGUGGUAGCAACGGAAACGGCGGUGGUAGCAGCGGUGGCGGCGGCGGAGGCGGCGGUGGUAGUGGAGGUGGUGGUAGUGCUGGUGGUGGUAGUGGUGGUAGUGGUGGUGGUGGUGGUAGUGCCGGUGGUGGUAGUAGACAGAACGCGAGGGAGUCCCUGUCGGUGAUCGUGCCGCCUCAGGACGUGGACGUGGACUCGCGGGACGCCGACUCGGAGCUGCUCAGUCCCGGGAAGCUAACGCCGACCUCGGGAAUAAGCGUCUCGGUCGCGAGCAUGAUCGACGCGACGGACUUCAGGGCGAUGCAGCCGGAGCCGACCUAUCAGACACUGACCUCGGUCGCGGAAAGGAUGUCGCCGCCCGGGUUCAGCCCGGGUUCCUCGUACGCUACCCUGACGCCGUUGCAACCGUUGCCGCCGAUCUCGACGAUGAGCGACAAGUUUGUGUACAGCACGCACGCGGCCGGCGGCGUCACGGGAAGUUUCGCGGUGAUGCAGAACAACGGCCUCGGGAACAUCGGCCUCGGCAUGGCGAGCUCGCCGUACGCGUACGACAAGUUGCCGCCGAUGAGCAUGUCGCCGCCGCACAAUUACCCGUCGCCGGGAGCCGGCCUACAGCCGAGCCCUUUAUCGCCGCAGAGCGCCUACAGCCAGAGCGGAUUGAACUCGCCGCACAAGUCCGCGAGUCCUCACUACGAUCCGGCCUUCCUGCCGAGGUUGCAACAGAGUCCGGCCGCGCUGAGCCCAUCCUCGCCUCCUGCUGUCUCGGCGACGGCCAGUUUCGCGCCCUCGCAUCAUUCCCCGCCCACGCACUCGGUACCGGCCGCCUCGCCGCCACCGAUCCAGACUCAAUUGCAACAGCAGCAGCAACAGCAGCAACAGCAACAACAGCAGCAGCAACAGCAACAGUCGAUGCCGCAGCAGACGAUAUCGCACACGCAGCACGUGCAGCACACGACGGUCGUCAUGAAGAGUGUUUCGUCCGCGGGCAACGGUGCCGGCGAGGUCGAGGAGAUCAACACGAAAGAGCUCGCACAGAGGAUCAGCGCCGAGCUGAAGAGGUACAGCAUACCGCAGGCGAUAUUCGCUCAGAGGGUGCUGUGCCGUAGCCAAGGCACCCUCAGCGAUCUCCUACGCAACCCGAAACCCUGGUCGAAGCUCAAGAGCGGUCGGGAGACCUUCCGACGGAUGUGGAAGUGGCUGCAGGAGCCAGAAUUUCAGAGAAUGUCGGCCUUGCGGCUAGCAGCCCUGAGCAACUGCUCUGAGAGCGGAGGCGAGCCGGAAGCCAUGCUGGAUAUCCACCACCCAGGAACCGGUCUCGAGUCUCAUCACCAACAGUUUCACAACUCAUAUGCUGCACAGAUUCCACAACGCGCAACAUGCAAGAGGAAAGACGAGAUGGCGAACCAGGCAGAACACCAACAGCCCGCCCCCAAGAAACCGCGCCUGGUUUUCACAGACCUUCAGCGCCGUACUCUACAGGCUAUUUUUAAAGAGACGAAGAGGCCGUCGAAAGAGAUGCAGGUGACAAUCGCCAGGCAGCUGGGCCUGGAGCCGACGACGGUCGGCAACUUCUUCAUGAACGCCCGACGCCGUUCGAUGGACAAGUGGAAGGACGAGGACCCGAAGGCCGUCGCCGUGGAGGAAGGCCAACUGUCGCCGACGAUAGGUAUCGGGCAACGGCAAGCGACCGACGUUUUGUGACACACGUCCGACCACGAGGAGUACCACGACGAGUCGCCCGAGGAAGAUCUGCCCUUCUCGUAAAGGGCCGGUAACUCGCGGAACGCGAUUUCGAUAAGCAACACGCGACGCGAUUGCUCGCGAUGCUACCGGUGCCGCUCGAGGCGUACGACUGACCUGGAACGUCAGUUAUUCGGACGAUUUUUUUUGCUAGGCGUCCUUAUCUCGUUUCGGUUUUGCGUAGCGAGGUCCGGAUCGAGCCGAGUCGCGUGACGUGAUUCCUCCGCGAGGAUUUGUUUACAGCCGUAAAACCACCAGCGCGAAUACGUUUACAGUGAUUUGUUUCAGUAUCAGAAAAGACGCAAUUUAAUGUUUUAUGUAAAGGACCUGUCUUUCUAAUUUUUGUAUCUAUUAUCUAAGGGAGUUUGUUUCGUUUCACGUAUGACGAGUUGUUGAUAUAUUAGAACGCAGUAGGAAAGCAUUUAUUCAGUUCCAUUAAUCUGUCAUCUCAUGAUGAAUUCAAACGUUGCUCGAAACAUUAGAAAUUCGAGUAAUUCGUGGUAAUUGACUAGCUUGAAGCUUUAACUUGUUUUUGAAAAGGCUCAGGUUCGAGGACUGUCGAGGUAAUUAUCUUAUAGCUAGCCCUCCUGGCCGCUGUGAUAUUUUUUUUAAAACGUGAACAGAAAACAGGUGGCAGGCUUGUUCGUGAAUAUUGCAGUCCAACCUCGCUACGUUGAACGCGGAACGACGCAUCAAGGGUCGAUGAAUUUUGCAAAGAGAUAAUUCUUGCACGAACAUUGCACGAUUGUUCUGAUCGAAUGAGAGCUGGAGAAGAUUCUCGGUAACGGGAUUCGCGUUCCAGGGGACGAGACUGACGAUGAGCAUCGCGGGCUCGCGUCUACGGAAAUCGCGUAUCGAUCGUCGAUCCUCGAUCCUUCACUCCCUUCCAUCGUUUUGUACACUUGAUCCACGCAUUCUCCGAGAACUUGGUGCCAUAAUCUGCCAUAUUAGGGUAAGCUGUAUCUCGAUUUAGAGUUAUCUUUCUAGUCCAGACGUGUAACGGGUGGUGGCCAUCCCCCGUUUUUUUAUCUAGUCAAAAUUACUGGAGAGCGAGCCUCGAGUCCUCCAGAAAAAAGAAACGCGUACUCGAAUUUACUUGAUCAGUGAUUUAUUUUGCUUGGGAAAACUAUCACGAAUUUCUUUCAUUCCAAAGAACAGCGUGCCAUGUAAACUAAUUCGAGUCAAUCGCGGAUAGAAUCACGAACGGUUUAUAAGAACGCCUGUAAUUAACUUUAAAGAACAUCGGGGAUCCUUCACAAGGAAGUACUAAGAUCGUUUCGUAUCCUCGAAUCGCGUUUAAACAAUUCACUGAGCGGAGAACCGUGGAAAAUCGAAGGGGUAGAAAAUGAAUAUCGACAAGGGAUCGACGAUCGGGUAAGGUGCACAAGGACUCGUCGUGUCCUCGUUGGUCGCUAAACGUACACAAACACAUUCCAAAAAUGAUCGACUUAACAAGAAGGGACGCUGGUUACCUAAAAGAACAGCUUCGUAUCUCAACGUACACACACACACCUUCGAAUGCCGAGCGUAUAAAAAGUAAUUUAACGCGAGAAAGAGGAGAACGAGGGAAUAAACAAAAAUGUGGCAUCGUGUCGAUGACGUGCACGUGCCAAGUGAUAUAGAAAUAUAUUAUUCUACGUACACAAGUUACUUACGUUAAAGAGAAGAGAAAAAUAAAUGAACGUCGUAAUAUCAGAGUGAACGCUGUUUUGUGCGAAUCGACGAAGAAGAGGCGAAGGUGCCGAAGGGACGACGAGGGGGCUGAUCGUCCGCGAAAAUCAGUGGCGGGGUGGCCUCCUUGUGUUCGAACACGUGUGAGAAAAAAAAAAAAAACGCGGAUCGAAUGUACGUGUGCGUGCGUGAAAAUUCGAGUGAACAAAUUAUUAUAGAGACACUAACAUUAACUAAAGAGAAGACGAGUGAACAGAGAGUGUGUGAGAGAGAAUCGCACUCGAUAUCGUACCGUAAUUGCGCUGUGCUAUUGUACAUAUUAGAAAGAGUGUAUGCGUGUGCGAGAGAAUGUUGGAGAGAGCGCUUCGCGAGAAUCGGGAAGGCGUGUGGAACAGAACGAAAGGAGAAUCUCUGAAGUGCGACAGAAGCUUCUUUUCGCGUUUCCUGAUUGCACGCGUGUGUCGUUAUCUCAUCGUUUAAUUACGUUUUAAAUUAAGAUUCCGUGAAAACGUACACGAACAUGUGAUUUUUGUGAGAUCCGAGUGGCGAGUGAUAUCAUUCCGUCCUCGAAACUUCAUCAGACUUUUGUACCCAAGGAAAAGGUUGUAUUAAAACAGAUGAUAGUUAAAUUUCUGAUGUUCUGCUUAUAAAGUAAAACGAAUAAAAUAUCGUAACGAUCUGAAGAAGUUAAUCGGACAUUGCUAGUUUUAAUGUCGGAGGAGGGAACGAGUCACUCGCGACCGAUCAUUCGUAGAAAACGACUCUGUACUAGUCUAUGCAACAUUCCUUUACCUUGUACCGUUCGAAACUCGAAUAAUAAAUUCGAGUUUCGAAUUCGCGUUGAAGAAUUCGGUUCCUAGCGGUCGACGUUCAAGUUUCUUUAUCUCCGUUUCCGUUACGUCAGCAUGCAAUGAAACGAGAAAAAAGCGACUGGAUAUGUAUGCGACCGAGAGAGUCAGAAUGCGAAUGCGGCCGAGAGCUAGAAAGGAGAAACUAAUCGUACCAAAAGAAAUAUGAAGGAGAGCGAGGGAGGAAACGGAAGCGUGCGUCGCGGCCGUCGAUUAUAAGAUCAUAUAUAGUACAAAGUAAACAUAUAUUAUUGUAAUAACGGUUUAAUUAACUAUAAGGGGAGAGCGUUGCCGUUUGCACGGACAAACCGUGAACGAACUCACCGGGUUUCUCGAUCAAGUGCUAUUGUUUUUUUCGGUGGCGUGCGCGGUACAGUUUGUGGGGAACGUAGAAGUUGAUCGUCACCAUUCCAAGGAUCGAUGCAGAUUUAUGGGAACAGCGUCGAGUUUUCAUGCAAGUGUGGCUGAAUUUGGACUUUGGGAACGAUCCGAAGGUCUGAGGAAGCGAAAGAAGUGCUCGAAGAGAGAAUCGGUGCGGCGAUACAAAGAUUAAAGAUACCCAAGAAAUAAUAGUCAUGCAAAUAUCUUUGAAAAUAUAAACAAAAACUUGAAAUUCAGAUAAAAAAUUUUGAUACUUAGCUACUGAACUAUGUGUUGGAAAGUAUUUAAUAAAACAGUAAUGAAUAGGAAAUCAGAAAUAUUGAGAAUUGAAUCGAGUUUUUGAAGAGAUAAAUUGGAAAGAGUAUGCCAACGUUUACUUUAAUAGAUUAGAAAAUAAUCGCCGCAUCGUUAAAUGAAAGAUUCAAAAAUGAAGAUAACGCAGAGGCGAGAUGACGAUUGCGAGAUAACCACGACUUGGGAUAGAAUCUGGGGCGAAAGGAAAAUAUCGAAGUGUACGUUCGAAGAGGAGAAAUAGGAGAGGACUGUUUGUACGAUAAAACCUGUAAAUACGCGUUUAAUUGUGGUUAUCAAUUGCAAUUACCAACGGUUGUUAUUAUACGAAGUAACGAUUACUAUUACAUCACGCGGAACAUGAACGCUUUUGUUGCUCCUGUUAUUACUAUCAUUAUCAGUACCAUGCCAUUGUCACGUUAUUAUUGCGUAUUAUUUAUAUUACUAGCAUUCCUAUUAGUGUAACUGCGGUUUUUAUUAUUGUAACGAAACAAAGAGAUAAUUGAUUAUAUUAAUAUAAACGCGUUCUUUGUUGAAUCAGGCAGUUGAGAAGAAUAUGGGUUUCCGACUAAGUUAGAGCAAUCAUUCGAUGAAGACGCGUGCCGUUAAA